AAUCGAUAUCCGGUUCUUGAUGUUUUUCAUCAGGUUUCAGUUUCACUUUGACUUCCCAGAUUAUCAUAAGUAUAUGAAUUAAUAAAUCAGUCAACAGUGUGUCCAUUCGUUGCCUUUAGUAUUUACAUAGUGUUCAUACAGUUGAAAAAGGGGAUGAUGCUGGAUUUGAAACACAGGUGUACAACAAUGACAUUUGUAAGACACCAAACCUGAACAAGUUAGCACAGAGGAGCUUGGUUUUCAACAAUGCAUUUACAUCAGUGAGCAGUUGUUCCCCUAGCAGGUCAGUUGUGUUGUCAGGGUUACCACAGCACCAAAAUGGAAUGUAUGGACUGUUCAAUGGCUACCACCACUUUCAGUCAUUUGAAGAGGUCACAAGUCUACCAUCGCUGCUGAAGGGGGCAGGUGUCCGAACAGGUAUCAUUGGUAAGAAGAAUAUUGGGCCAGAGUCGGUAUACCCAUUUGAUUACUCUGUCACUGAACUUGAUGGCCACAGUAUUCUACAAACAGGAAGAAAUAUCACCUUUAUUCGACAACAUGUCCGUGAAUUCCUGCAGCAGAAUUCUUCCAGUCCAUUUUUUCUGUAUGUGGCAUUCCAUGAUCCCCAUCGAUGUGGCCACACUCAUCCCCAGUACGGACAGUUCUGUGAGAAGUUUGGCGCUGAUGGGACUAUGCCCGAUUGGAAGCCUGUAAUAUUUGACCCAGCAUCUGUGGUAGUUCCCUAUUUUGUGCAGGACACUCCGGCGGCCAGACUGGACAUAGCUGCCCAGUAUACCACUAUCAAUCGUAUGGACCAAGGUAUAGGCCUUAUACUGAAGGAGCUGGAGUUAGCAGGCCACGCAGAUGACACCCUGGUCAUGUACUCCUCUGACAACGGCAUUCCUUUCCCAAAUGGCCGUACCAACUUGUACGACUCCGGUUUGGCUGAACCGUUCAUCUUGUCUUCACCGUACCAUAGCAAGCGCUGGGGACAGAGAAGUGAUGCUAUGUUGAGUCAUGUGGACAUUCUGCCGACAGUGCUUGACUGGUUUGGUGUCAAAUAUCCUCACUACAAGAUCCUCAGAAAUCAUGUGACCUUAACCGGAAAAUCUUUACUUCCGUUGCUAGAGGAAGAACCAAAGGAAUCAUGGGAUACUGUGUACGCCAGCCAUAGUCUUCAUGAGGUAACAAUGUAUUACCCAAUGAGGGUGGUGAGAAACAAACAAUAUAAACUCAUCCAGAACAUUAACUUUCAAAUGCCGUUUUCAAUAGAUCAAGAUUUUUUCAUUUCAAGAACAUUCCAGGACCUACUGAACAGAACACGGCGAGGAGAAGACACACACUGGUAUAAAACUCUUCAUAACUAUUACUACAGAGACCAGUGGGAGCUUUUUAACAUAGUGAAUGACCCGAAAGAACUCCAAAAUCUAGCUUAUGAUCCAAGUCACGCAAAGGUUUAUCAUCAGCUGCAGCACCAGUUAAAUAUGUGGCAGAAUAUAACCUUUGACCCCUGGAUCUGUUCGCCCUCUGGUGUUUUACAGGACACUGGGCCACACAAGUACCACCCACAGUGUUACAGUAUGUACAAUGGACUAUGAUGAGAAGUAAUGUAUAUACAAUGGACUAAAAAAUAUAGGUGGGUCGUGUGAUGGACUUGCCUUUCAUUAUGAGGGCUGGAAUUCAUUUCCUUUAUAGAUAUGAAAUGUUACCCAAUCUUUUGCAUGAACGCCAUGCAUUUUCCUCCCAUAUAAAGACCUGCAUGCUACAGUACCAACCAGCCAACAACAAUACCAGUAACACAUGAUCAUGGAGCCUGUCUUAAUUGGUGUAAAUCAAAUAGUAUUUAUCAAUUAUUUGAAAGGUCAUGUUAAAAGGUCAAGAUGUUAGAAAUUAAACUUUUAGCAAGCCUUUUCCCAUACUUCUGUAUGUAACAUCAAAUGUAUGUAACAUCAAAUGUACAUGAACUAGAAAACGAUGUUUGUCUGCACACUGGUAAACCUAUAUGAAGUUAAAUUUGAAUACAGGCAAGAGGUGAAAGUCGACAAUUGAUGCAUGCCAUCAACAAAGUAUUGCUAUGAAUAUUUCAAUAUCUAGGUGAGUGAAUAAAGGUUCUAUGGACGUCUUGUUUUACAUUGUAUUGAGUGGUACAGGCCUCCUGAACCUCUUGUUAGCCCACCUGGUCCGAAGAACCGAUGUGCAGCAUCCCUAGUCCGUCCGUCCACUUUACACUACUGGUCAUAAACCACUGAGCAGUUUUCAACCAAAUUUGUUGUGGAGCACCCUUGGGUGAAGAAUAAGCAGUUUUGUAUAAAGGAGGGGCCUGAAGGGCUAAACAGGGGAAAUGUGCACUAAAUUGGUUGAAAUCCUUCUUCUGUAUGAAUGAAAGCAUUUGGUCUGAAGUAUCCUUGGGUGAAGGGGAACCAAUUUUGUAUAAA